ACAAAGCUCUUGGCCCGGUCUUCUCCCCUCACGCAACCAGCCCACGGAAGAGAGAGAAAGAAAAAGAGAGGCAGAGAAGACUGAGAUAAAGAGAGAGAGAGAGAGAGAGAGCAGGGAGCCAGAGACUCCUGUAUCUCCUCGUUUCACGUCCCAGUAGGGGCGUCCUUGAGCGGCUCUGCCACCCCCUCCCUCCAUUAAUGACCAUCCUUCCGUCCCUAGUCUCUGUCUCAGUUGUCAUUUACCAUGGCCUUAAUGCCCAUACGACGGGGAGUACAACCUGGGAAGAGAGAAGAUAGAAGGUAGAGAAAGGAGCAAAGAAAGAAGAAAGAGAGAAAGUAAAUGAAGAAGAGAGAGAGAGAGCAAGCAACAGUGGUCGUUGCGCUAUAUUUAAGCAGAAAGCAACCCCACUAUCAUCUCUCGCCCUAGUCCCUCGCACUUUUUCCCUCCACUUUCUUAUUCCACCCAUAUUGAUGGCUUCUCCCACACCCAUCAACGCCAAAGAGCUGGAGACCAACUCCUUCUCUCCUCCACCUCUUCCUCCUCCUCCUCCGCCGCCGCCGCCGCCGCCGCCAUCUAUUACUACGAAUAAUACGAUGUAUGUGCAGGCAGAGCCGUGGGCGUUCAGGGAGGUGGUCCAGAAGCUCACCGGCGUCCCCGAGGACUCCCCUCACAAGCUCCCCAUCAGUGGGCCCCCUCGCAGCAGCCGGGCCCCACCUCCUCCCCCGCCGGCGAGCUUGCUAAAGUGGCAGAAGCUCCAGGAGAGGCGGCGGGCCCCCGCCAAGCUGGAGAUCAAGCUGGGCCCCUCCUCAGUUCGAUAUAGUAGACCUUAUCACCACCUUUGGAGUGGUAAAGCUGAGGCGGUCGGCUUCUCAUCGCCCGUCUCUACUGCGGAUCCCUUCUUCUUUAACAUCUCUUCUCCGAGUCCAACGACUCCUUCUCCUUCUUCGUUAGAGGAGGAUGGCGGGCGGGAGGAGAGAGUGAUAGCAGAGAAGGGCUUCUACCUCUAUCCUUCGCCGAGGAGUGGCGGCGGAGAGCCGCCUAAGCUUUUGCCUUUGUUUCCCCUCCAUUCCCCCCGGGACUCCUCUCCUCCUUAGAUCUAUCUCACGAUCUUCAUUUUUUUCUUUUAUAGAAUUAGUAGA